AUUUUCAAGACUUCUUUCUAAGGUUGGUAUUCCUAGUCUGUGACAUUACAUAAAAAAUCUCAGAGAAAAUUUCUUGUAAAGAUUAGAUCUUUUAACAAGAAAAAUCAUGUACGCAAUUCAGAGUACAGUUAGAAGGGUACCAAGAUUAUUAAAUAUAUGUCAAAAUCAACGUAGAACUAUUCUUGGUACACCACCAAGGGUUAGAGUAUCUCUGGCUGAAAAAAUCGCACUUGGAGUGGUCUUUUGGAUUGGAUCUAUGGCAUAUCCAAUAUAUGUUUCAUGUAAUAUAAACAAAUGGAAUGAUCGUGAAUUUUUAAAAAAAUAAAUUAUAAGCUGAUUGUGUAGUAGAAUGUACAUUAUGAAAUAAAUACAAAAUUAAGUAAA